CGAAUGGUGAAAUAAAUUUGAUUGAAGACGUUGGUGAAACGUCCAAUGACGAAGAUGGAUUGAAGGACGAUCUUGAAAUGAAAAUGGAGAUUGAUAACGAUGUUGUGGAUGAUGAAAUAAUGACAAGAAGAGGAUUGAAUUAUACUAACUAA